AUGGGCCUCUGUCGGGGCUCUCCCCAUAGCCGUAAGGGCGAAAAGGCCAAGUUGUGCCCCAACUUGCUGGCAGUCAACAGCCAGAUACACAAUGAGGCCGCCCCCAUUUUGUACCACCGGAACAAUCUCGUAUUCCGGGAUCCCUACACCUUCGACAGGUACAUGAGGCGCAUGAAGCACAGCAUCGCCCGUCCCCGACCCGUUGCGGUCCCCUCGCCACUGGACAUGCUCACCCACAUCACCUUCUUUCCCACGGAGUGCCGCGGAGAGCAGAUCCUCCUCUUCCGCAUCGACGGGGGAUGGCAGAUCCUGACCAAGCAUUGCCGCAACUUGAGGACCAUCACCCUGGACAACGAGGACGCCACCCACUUCGCCAAAGACGCACGCGCUUUCGCUGCGUACGGAGGCUUCCGCCAGCUGGUCAGCCGACGUGGCGAGGAGAGCGGACCCGGCCUCGUGGACGCCUUGAUCAAGGUGUCGGACCGUUUGGCUGGUCUUCACUGUGCGCGAAAGCAUGCACGCGCUUCGACGGACACCGGCAUCACAGAUGAGGAUCGCGUUGAGGCGGAAGAGGACGUCAGGGAGGCCAUGAAGGAAGGGUUGGAGGAGACCAACAUGUACCCGGCUCUCCCGUUCAAUACUUGGGACUCUUGA